CAACUUCCUGAGCAAACAUAGACAUCCUUAUUUGAAUAUCCCAUUCCCAUCUUCCAGAAAAUUCUCUGUAAGGAUAUAUAGAGCCGGGGAGAGUCGUGCCUUUAUGCUACCCACCGGACACACCCGAUCGGAGAGACCCUGCGAAUCUGUGCCAGUUUGCUACACUCAAAGUGAAACAGGAUGUGGAUGACCAGAACUGUCGCUCUCUGUUUGCUGGCCUUCGUGGCCUCUGCAGAAGACAAGAAGCUGAGCAGCCAUGCUAACACGCUAGCUGACAACAGUGCCAACUUGGCCUUCAGCUUGUACCACAAGAUGGCUCAGGACAAAAAUACAGACAACAUUGUUGUUUCUCCUGUUGUUGUGGCGUCCUCUCUGGGGCUGGUUGCUCUUGGUGGUAAGGCCUCCACUGCCUCCCAGGUGAAAACUGUCCUCAGUGCUGACAAACUCAAGGACGAGCACCUGCAUGCAGGCCUGUCAGAGCUCCUCUCUGAGGUGAGUAAUCAAAAGACCCGAAACUCCACCUGGAAGAUCAACAACCGCCUCUACGGCCCCAGCUCUGUCUCCUUUGCCGAUGACUUUGUGAAGACCAGCAAGAAGCAUUACAACUAUGACCACUCAAAAAUCAACUUCAGGGACAAGCGGAGCGCAGUGAACUCCAUCAAUGAGUGGGCAGCUAAGUCAACAGAUGGCAAGCUACCGGAGAUCACCAAGGAUGUGCAGAACCCAGACGGAGCCAUGAUUGUCAACGCCAUGUUUUUCAAGCCUCACUGGGAUGAGAGAUUCCAUGAAAAGAUGGUUGACAACCGCGGUUUCCUGGUUACCCGCUCCUUCACUGUUGGAGUUUCUAUGAUGCAUCGCACAGGUCUCUAUGACUUCUAUGAGGACAAAGAGAACAAUCUCUACAUCCUGAACAUGCCUCUGGGCAAAAAAGAGGCCUCUAUGAUCCUCAUCAUGCCCUACCAUCUGGAGCCCCUGGAACGCUUGGAGAAACUGCUGACGAAGAAGCAAGUAGACACUUGGCUGAGCAAGAUGGAAACCAGAGCCGUGGCAAUUUCCCUCCCCAAGAUCUCUUUGGAAGUCAGUCACAACCUUCAGAAAUAUUUAGCUGAGUUGGGCCUCACUGAAGCGGUGGACAAAUCCAAAGCAGACCUCUCGAACAUCUCAGGGAAGAAGGACCUCUACAUUUCUAACGUCUUCCAUGCUUCUGCCUUGGAGCUGGACGUGGACGGAAACCCUUAUGACACAAGCAUCUUCGGCACAGAUAAACUGAAGAACCCUAAGCUCUUCUACGUAGACCACCCCUUCAUCUUCCUGGUGAAAGACAACAAGACCAACUCUAUCCUGUACAUUGGCAGAGUGGUUAGACCCAAAGGGGAUAAAAUGCGUGAUGAGCUAUAAUGAUCAUGUUAGAUUUAAUAUUUGUGAAUUUCUGUCAGGAAACUGUAUGGAUGUGUUUUUAUUGGUGUGAUUGUUACUUCAAGAGCACAUUCCAAUACACAAUCUGUGGACUGGAUAUCUAAGUACACUAGUUUUUGACACUUUGAGCUUAGGAAGGAAAACACACAAUAAUCAGCAUCAGUUGGCUCAAAAGGCAACAUACUUAUAUUAAGUAUGAUGAUUUUUAUUUUUAAAUUUCCAAACCUGUUUUGUCAUUGAUGGUAUUACUACAUUCUCUGUGCUUUUUCUUGCAUUAUCUUUAAUGUUUAAAGAAAAAAAAAAUCUGCACAAAAUUCAGUUUACAGCUCUCAUUCUUUUUCUUUAUUUUGCCACCAUCGUGCACUGAAAGGUGGCAGUAUAUGGUGCUGUAUUCAUUAUCAUUUUCCAGCAAUACCUACUCAUUGUGUCGUUGUAGGAAUUUCCACAAGAAGCUGUUGGAAUAGUGUGACUAUGUAUUAAUGUGUUGGUCUUUUUUUUCUUUUUCUUUUUUCAAUAAAACAAAAGCAAAAAAGA